AUGUCGCAGGAUUCUCAGCGAGCAGGUUCCUCGUCGAGAGAAUCACCUCAAACCGAUGACCGGGCAAUUGAAAACGAUCGAGGACUGGCCAACAACCGCAAUACAUCCCGCCGCCCCCCGCUGCGGACUAGGCCCCAGUCAUGGCAUCCAUAUGGGCCCGUGGAGCCGCCGUUAGAAUCAGUCUCCUCCCGACCCAUUGGGGUUCAUUCCAUCUUAAACCCACCUUCACAGACAUCCAAAGAAUUGGCUACGUCCGGCAAUCGUGAACCACUCGCUUUAUCGGGGCAAGCACCUUCGCCUCGACUCCAAGCCGCCUCACCCACAACCCGCUCAUCACGUCCCUUGGUGCCACAUCCAUUAUCUCCUCGAUCCCAUGCACGCCCACCUAUGAAUCCAGCUUCUCCUUCGGCACGGUUUGUUGGUGGGGGUGGGAGGACUUCUGGACAAUCGAGCGUCGCACAGUCACCGCUAGUUCCUCAGGAACAUAUGAUGGGCCCACGACUUCCCACCUCCAGCUCGCCUUUGCCACUAGAGGCGGGUCUACGCCCAAUAGCAUCACUCGCAGGCACACAGCCUCCUGUGUCGGUCUCGCUGCAUUCUACACCUAGCCUACACUCUCGACGAACAAGCGCUGGCCCUGGACCUCUCACCAACCCGAGUUCCCAAGAAACAAGUCCCAGCACACCCCAUUCAACCUUUAGUCCAUUUACUCGUGUAUCCCCAGCUGUGACAACUGCCUCCCUCCCACAUACCGCUGCAUCAUAUCCCACUGCACAUCCCCCAUAUAUGACUAUGGAGCCAGUGAACAGGGCGGCUCCCGCCCCCAAAGCGCCCAUAAGCCAAGAUGAAAACCCCACUCGAGCGGGAACACCUCAAAGCAGCUCUUUCCCCCCGGGGAUGAUUCCCUGUGUGUUAGACAUGCGAUCUGGCUCGAGCAGCCAAGCGGAAAAACGCAAGGCGAACAGCGACGCAUCACGACGAUUCCGCAACCGCAAACGCAACGAGAUGCAACUCGAGCAGCGCCUCUCUGCACAACAGGAUGAAAUCACUCGCAGCGUGGAAACAGUUCGCCGCCAAGGUGAAGAGAUCCGCAUCCUCCUGAAACAAAGAGAUCACUACCGCUCCGAGCGCGAUUUCUACCGUGACCAUCUUGACCGCACAAUGUCUCUUGGCGCCCUUCCACCAAGACCGCCAUCUCCCGGCUCUGCCCAACCCGGUCUCCUCGCGUCUGAAGGCGCUACAUCCACUUGGUCGGGCGCUGAUGCUGCCCGAUCUGUUUCAGGCACACAGGCCUCCAAUGCUUCCAAGGGAAGAUUGGAUUCAGCUCACACCCAACCUGGCUGGCCUGCAAACCCACCAUACUCCGCGGGUCCCAUAAAGCCCACUGCACGGAGUGCUGUCACCCCUGCUGCCUCGCCUUCUUUGUCUGGAGGACCCUUGCCCCCACUGCAGGGUUCUUGGUCACGCCCUUAA